UUAAAAGUGUACAUAUGCAUAUAUAUAUAAUUUAAUGAUUCUCACUUUCCAGCGAACCAGCCUGCAAUUGUCAGAAGAUGCUUUGAUGAAACAACUUCCGACGAAGUGAUGGAGGUUAGGGAGGAAAGCAGAAAUGGGCAACAGAGACCCGAUAAUAAAGAUAUUCUGGAUGCCUUGGAAGUCAUAACCCUACGUUUGGCUACGAUCGAAACUAAUGUAAGUAAUAGCAUCUCCGUUUUCAUACUUAUAUCACAUCGGCAACAGUGACAUUUAUCCGAUAAAUGCCUUUUCUUGCAAUAAUUUAUGUUGUCAAUGUUCGAUAUGUAUGCAUUUCAUUAGCAAGUUGUCCUGCAAAAAAAACCAGGAAAUAAUUAGCCGCCAAGUCGAAGAACUUGUCGAGAAGAUGGUUAAUAAGUCGGAAAUGUUGGCAGAAAACAAAAUCCUGAGAGAGUGCAAAGUGACUUUGCAAAAGAUUGAACUGUCAAUUGGACGUAUGACUGGCGAGGUACGAGACCAAAUUUUAGAUGAGGUGGCGAGCAGUUUUCCAAUCAAUUCAAUUACUUCCGUCAGUGAUAUUGAGGACAAAAUUAUGAAUCGUCCGGAAUACGCUCAAGCAAUGAUAACGUACUUCCACAAAUUGAAAGGAGCAUCCGAAGACGUCUCUACGGUAUUGAAAUACAUUUUCACUGACGAACUAUUAAUGAAUUUUAAUUGGGAUGGCAGGUGGGAGAAACAGGCUCUUUGCAAAUUAAAAUUAGUCGAGAUCUGUCUGCGAGAUGUUUUUAAAACACAGGCAUCGUAUGACUUUCAAAAGGCGGUGAAAAGGUCAAUCGAGCUUAGCCAUCACCGAUUGAAGCAGAAAAAUUACCAGCUUCAUAAAUCUAAGAAAUAAUAGAUUA